AUGCCAUCCCUAUCCCCUACAAUGGAGACGGGGUCGCUCUCGUCCUGGCUCAAGAAAGAAGGCGACCAAGUCUCUGCGGGGGACGUGCUGUGCCAAGUGGAGACGGACAAGGCCGUGGUGGACUAUGAGGUGCAGGAUGACGCUGUCGUGGCCAAGAUCGUGUGCCCCGAGGGAACUGCUGACCUCCCCAUUGGUGCCUUGCUGGCCUACACGGUCGAGGACAUGGAGACGUACCAGAGUCUGGUAACCAGCGGAGCGCUGGCCAAUUUACCGACCGAGACGUCGACUCGGGUGGACGUCCCAGUUGAUGUCCCAGUUGCUGCUGCUGCACCGGUGGCGUCAAAAGAGCCAGAAAGCGGUCGGGUCCCGCUUAUCAGGUUCUUGGGCAAGCGCUCGCUUCUUCCCGAGUUUUCCCAUUCGGUUCUGGAGGAAAAAGUGGCACCGGUAGCUGCUCCCAUGCAGUCGGUAGCAGAAGUGCAACCUGCUACCGAAGACGCUGCUGAGUUUGAGGACUUGCCGCUGAGCAAUAUGCGCAAAAUCAUUGCCAAGCGCCUCACCGCGUCGAAGCGCGACGUGCCGCAUAGCUACAUGAGCAUUGAUUGCGAAAUUGACCACGUGUUGAAGCUGCGCAAGCAGCUGAAGAGCAAACAUGACGUCAAGGUGGGGAUGAACGACUUUAUUCUAAAGGCUGUGGCGCUCGCGCUGCGUGACGUGCCUGAAGCCAACUGCUUUUUUGAUGACAAGACGCAGAGCGUGCAACCGAAUUCGUCAGUGGAUGUGUCGGUGGCUGUGGCCACUGCCUCGGGUCUUAUCACUCCUAUUGUGCCCAAGGUAGACAGUCUGGGACUGAGCGGUGUCAACCGCAUAUUUAUGGAGCUUGUGUCGCGUGCUCGCCAGAACAAGCUGAAGCCGGAGGAGUUCCAGGGAGGAUCAUUCACGGUGUCGAACCUUGGCAGCUUUGGCAUUGACCAGUUCCGGGCAGUGAUUAAUCCGCCACAGGCAUGCAUUCUGGCCAUCGGUGGUGGCCGCCGAGAAGUGCUACCGCCUCUUGAUAUUGUGGAGAGCGUAAGCCACGAGCCGCGUAUUGCUACACUCAUGAAUGUGACACUGUCGUCGGACCGUCGUGUAGUGGAUGGGGUUAUUGCCGGCCAGUUUCUGCAGGUGUUCAAGAGCUACAUAGAGAGCCCCGAGCUUAUGGUUUUGUAA